CUCCGGCUGUGCGGUGUUUUUCCCACUAGCCUCCCUCCCAUUCCGUAGCUGUGGCAAAAACCCGGAGCAGCGGAGCCCCCGAGCUGCGGACCGGCGCCGCCCCUCGCAGCACCUCCCCGACAGCCCUCUGCCGCCGCGCUGGGCAUGCUCAGUCGACAGGGCCGCUUCAGUUCUUGGAGUAGGAAGCUAGGGAGCUUCGGCUGUAAGGAGCCGCGGCGGGGCGAAAAUGGAUCCCUUUACUAACGAUCUGCUUCAGCUCCCCAGGAAUAUGAUUGAAAACAGCAUGUUUGAGGAAGAACCAGAUGUGGUAGAUUUAGCCAAAGAACCCUGUUUACAUCCUCUAGAGCCUGAUGAGGUAGAAUAUGAGCCCCGGGGUUCAAGACUGUUGGUGCGGGGUCUUGGUGAGCAUGAGAUGGAUGAAGACGAAGAGGAUUAUGAGUCAUCUGCAAAACUGCUGGGCAUGUCCUUCAUGAACAGAAGCUCAGGCCUUCGGAACAGUGCAACCGGCUACAGGCCGAGCCCAGAUGGGACUUGUUCGGUACCCUCUGCAAGGACCAUGGCGAUCUGUGUUUUUCUUAUUGUGGUUGCCGUUUCUAUAAUCAUGGUGAUUUAUUUACUACCCCGAUGUACCUUUACCAAAGAAGGCUGCCAUAAAAAAAACCAAUCAAUAGGACUAAUUCAGCCAGUUGCAACAAAUGGAAAGUUGUUUCCGUGGGCACAAGUCAGGCUUCCCACCGCCAUUAUGCCACUACGUUAUGAACUUAACCUACACCCAAACCUAACCUCGAUGACAUUCAGGGGUUCUGUGACAAUUUCACUUCAGGCUCUUCAGGCCACAUGGAAUAUCGUUCUUCACAGUACAGGCCAUAAUAUUUCAAGAAUGACCUUUAUGUCAGCAGUUUCAAGCCAAGAAAAACAAGUUGAGGUCUUAGAAUACCCAUUUCAUGAACAAAUUGCAAUUGUUGCCCCUGAAGCUCUUCUUGAAGGACACAAUUACACCUUGAAGAUAGAGUAUUCAGCGAAUAUAUCUACUUCUUACUAUGGGUUCUAUGGAAUCUCCUACACAGAUGAAAGUAAUGAGAAAAAGUACUUUGCAGCAACUCAGUUUGAACCCCUGGCAGCAAGAUCUGCUUUUCCUUGUUUUGAUGAACCAGGAUUUAAAGCCACAUUUAUCAUCAGAAUCAUAAGGGAUGAGCAAUAUACUGCUUUAUCAAAUAUGCCUAAGAAUUCAUCAGUCAUUAUGGAAGAUGGACUUGUUCAGGAUGAGUUUUCUGAGAGUGUGAAAAUGAGCACUUACCUGGUUGCAUUCAUUGUUGGGGAGCUGAAGAACCUGAGUCAGGACGUAAAUGGAACCCUGGUUUCUAUAUAUGCUGUACCAGAAAAGAUUGGUCAGGUUCACCAUGCCUUGGAAACAACUGUGAAGCUUCUUGAAUUCUAUCAAAACUACUUUGAAAUUCAAUACCCACUUAAGAAAUUGGAUUUGGUGGCUAUUCCUGACUUUGAAGCAGGAGCAAUGGAAAAUUGGGGUUUGCUCACCUUCCGGGAAGAGACACUUCUGUAUGACAAUAAUACUUCUUCAGUGGCGGAUAGAAAGCUGGUAACUAAAAUCAUUGCUCAUGAGCUGUCCCAUCAGUGGUUCGGUAAUCUCGUAACAAUGGAGUGGUGGAAUGAUCUGUGGCUAAAUGAAGGAUUUGCUACUUUCAUGGAGUAUUUCUCUUUGGAAAAAAUAUUCAAAGAGCUCUCUAGUUAUGAAGAUUUCUUAGAUGCGCGAUUUAAAACCAUGAAGAAGGAUUCCUUGAAUUCAUCUCAUCCAAUAUCAUCAUCAUCUGUUCAGUCUUCAGAACAGAUCGAAGAAAUGUUUGAUUCUCUUUCCUAUUUUAAGGGAGCUUCUCUCUUGUUGAUGCUGAAAACUUAUCUUAGUGAGGAUGUAUUUCAACAUGCUGUUUUCUUUUACCUGCAUAAUCAUAGCUAUGGAUCCAUUAAAAGUGAUGAUCUGUGGGAUAGUUUUAAUGAGGUCACAAACAAAACACUAGAUGUAAAGAAAAUGAUGAAAACCUGGACCCUGCAAAAAGGAUUUCCUUUAGUGACUGUUCAAAGAAAAGGAAAAGAACUUCAUGUACAACAAGAAAGAUACUUUUUAAAUACGAAGCCUGAAAUUCAGCCUUCAGAUGGAAGCUAUCUCUGGCAUAUUCCACUAUCCUAUGUCACUGGGGGAAGAAAUUACUCAAAAUAUCCAUUGGUAUUUUUAUUGGACAAGAAAUCAGGUGUCAUCAAUCUUACAGAAGAAGUGGAGUGGAUCAAAGUCAAUACAAACAUGAAUGGCUAUUAUGUUGUACACUAUGCAGACGAUGACUGGGAAGCACUAAUCAAACAGCUGAAAACAAAUCCUUAUGUCCUGAGUGACAAAGACCGAGCCAGCCUCAUCAACAACAUCUUUGAACUUGCAGGCCUAGGCAAGGUGUCUCUUCAAAGGGCCUUUGAUUUGAUUGAUUACCUCAGAAAUGAGACCUAUACCGCCCCCAUCACUGAAGCCCUGUUCCAGACAGGCCUCAUCUAUAACCUCCUUGAAAAGCUGGGAUACAUGGAUCUUGCCUCAAGAGUAGUGGCCAGGGUAUUUAAAUUACUUCAAAGUCAAAUCCAACAGCAAACUUGGACUGAUGAAGGCACCCCAUCUACUCGAGAGCUUCGGUCAGUCUUACUAGAAUUUGCCUGCACCCAUGACCUAGAGAACUGCAGCACUGUUGCCACAAAGCUGUUUGAUGAUUGGGUGGCAUCCAAUGGAACUCAAAGCCUACCUACUGAUGUCAUGACUACUGUGUUCAAGGUUGGAGCAAAAACUGAGAAAGGCUGGUCAUUCCUAUUAAGCAAGUAUGUCUCUAUAGGCUCUGAAGCAGAAAAGAAUAAAAUACUUGAAGCUCUUGCCAGCUCUGAGGAUGUACGGAAACUUUACUGGUUAAUGAAAAAUAGCCUCAGUGGAGAUAUCAUCCGAACACAGAAGCUGUCAUUUAUCAUUAGAACAGUUGGCCGACGUUUUCCUGGACAUUUGCUGGCAUGGGAUUUUGUCAAAGAGAACUGGAAUAAGCUUGUACAGAAGUUUCAUCUGGGGUCCUAUACCAUACAAAGUAUUGUUGCCGGGUCAACGCAUCUGUUUUCAACAAAGGCACAUUUGUCUGAGGUCCAGGCCUUCUUUGAAAACCAGUCAGAGGCAACCUUUCGGCUCCAUUGUGUCCAGGAGGCGUUAGAAGUCAUUCAGUUGAAUAUCCAAUGGAUGGAGAAGAACCUUAAAACCCUGACGUGGUGGCUGUAGCAUGCACACCUGCACCUCGUCUUGUCUCCCAUUCAGAGGGCUUGUUAACUUGGGCUCCCCUGCUUUUGCAAAAAGCCAAGGUGAAGCCAGAACCGCUGCCGAGUUGUUUGCACUCUUAGGAGUUCUAGUUAGCUCAGGGCCCGUCUGUACUUUCCAUCUGUCUUUUUCGAAUUGUCUUUGGGCAGUGUGUAGUUAUUUAUUACAAAACUAUAGUCACCUACAUGCGCCAACAUCUACAAAAACAGUGAGUAAUUUUUCUACUUUGAAGAUAUACAAAUGGGGAGGAAAAAUCUAUUUUGGCCUUCUGUUCUGUUUCUCGGUAUCCGGAAAAUACUGACACAGUGAAACAAGGAAAGCUGUACCGUGGGAGCCAUCAUCUUUGCAGGCUGCUGGUUUGUUGGCCAUUUGUUGCUUCUUAUUGAUAGAUGUUACUUGAAUGUGGUACAAAACUUGGCUUCAAAACUAUGGUAAUGAAGUCGAUGAAUCAUACAACUGUUAGAAAAACUGAUCUCAGGUGUGCAGAUCUACUUUGAUUUGAGGCUUUAACUCUUUAUUUUCUGAAAAAAAGUUUAAAUAAGAUCUAUAACUUAUAUUUUUUUUCUGCAGAACAGCUAGGUGCUACAGAAUUUUUAAAUUUUUGUUGUAUUGAAAAGCUAAGUAACAAGGACAAAAGAUUAAAUUUUCCAAAUAUUUAAUACUUAUUUUUUCACCUUUUAGGAAAAUGUUUCAAACUGAGUUAGCUUUAAGUAUAAGUAUUUUAUUUAUGAACUCCAAUAUUCUCCAAAUCUGUACACCUUUACCACUCCCCACCAUCGAUAUACCUUAUGUUAUAAAUAAGUAUGUCUACAUUUAUGGAAAGCCUUUUGUUCAUACUGGUGUCUUUUAUCCUGACUUUAUCACUAUUACUAAAAAUAAUUUGUUUAAGUUACCUUUGACAUUACCUGAUCAUAGACACUUUCCCUGUGAAUCAUACUCGUGUAGAUUUUGAUGUUAUAUGAUAGGGUAUAUUAGAAGCAUAGUAGAAGCAUAUUUUAAGAUAGGGCCUUUGAGAAAUUGAGCAUUUUUAUUUGAAGUUCACCAUAAUACCUUAAAGGAAUAAAGAGAAUGUGGAAUAGGAGUAGUUUGAUUCAGAUCUGAUAUGGUGGGCUUUGAAUUUUUUCUGCUGACAAAAUCAGUACUUUUUUUUAGUUGAAAAAUCAGUGGUUUUAUUUUGUUUUAUCUUUAUCAUGGCCAAACUAACUAAAAGGAAUGGCCAAGGAAAGAAAGAAAGAAAAGGGAAGAUGUCCAAAGCUGUAUGGCGUUUUCACUCCUUGUAAAGGAGAAAUACUGUACUUGAAUUUUUUGAGCUAUGCAGACUUAAUACUUAGAUUGUUGAGUUUCUUUGAUUCUUAAGGGAAAGGCUUUCUUCCUAAUAAUUUUUGAGUACUUUGUAUUUUGUUUGAAAACAUCUUCUAUGUACAUAAAAAGGGUAGAUACUUAUUUGCAAGCACUUAAAACACACCACAGAAUCAAUGGAAAAGGUCACCUUUUUUAUUUUAGCAGAUAUAAAGUGAAAAUAUGUGGGAUUGUGUAUAAAAUUAUAUUUUACUUUAUGAAAUAUUUUUAUAUAACAAAAUUAAAAAUGCUGGCAAGCUAAAAGAUAGCUUUCUUUAAUCCUAGUGUGUUUUCUCCCAAUUUAGUCUUUUCUAAACAUUUAUCUCUGGUCUAGAAUACAAAAUAAUAUGUCCUGAGAAUCACAGAAUCCUCUAAAGAUGUCUUGUUGAAACUGUGGUGAUUGUAGGUUUUUAUUUGUCUUUUGCUUCAACAAAUGAAUGAUAGUUUAGUUGAUAUUGGAAGUUAAUGUGUUUUUACAUUUUUAGAGUGGGGAAAAAUACAAACUUUUGAGGGGUUUUUUGGUUGCUGGUUUUUUACCAUAUGUUAUAUUACUAAAUUCCACUUUGAUACAGAGUUUAAAUUUUGCUACUUCUCAAAAGCAGUUAAGACUUUUCAGUUUUACCUGCCCAUCUUUACAUGGCUACUGUAGUGAAUGUUAACUCUACAUAUGGCAAAUCUUGUCCCGAAUUAUAUCAUUUUUUCUGAGUGUAUGUGUGUGUGUGUGUGUGUGUAUGUGUGUGUAUUAUAUAGGGAGAAGGUGAUGUUUAAGUAAAUCCCUAUCAAAACAUGGGCUAAAAAAGAGGUAACUUGUAAUCCAUUGCUAUCUUUGUUCUCCAAAGCUGUUCAUCCCCAUGAUGCUGGAACCGCUGGUCGUAGUGUUAUUUAUAGGCCUCACCUCAGUUAUAUGUAGCUGUAACAGCCCUCCCCUCAUGUUUGCCCAGAGAAUUCCAUAAUUUUUAAUGUGAAGCUAACCCAUCUGUAUGGCACUUUGAAAAACUAACUCUAAGUCAAGAAUAUAAGGUUAAGUAACCAGUAGAACAUGUUACAUACUAGGUAUAACUGUAGGUUUUGAAGCUGUAUCACCCCAAACCUUAUCUUCACCCCUGAAUCUCAGAGAGUUCAAACAGACGGGAGCACAGCAGUCACGGCAGGCUUGUUUAUGUAAGCACACAGAUCCUUGACAGCUAAGUGCUGGUUUUCAAGAAUUACGUUCAUUGCAGAGAGACGAUCUAUGUGAAUGUAAUAGAAGAGGCACAUCAUACCACGUUAUUAGGAAAUCUGAAAUUGUAGAAGAAAAACUUAUGCUUUGGAGAUCAGGAAGUAGAAAUCCAAGGAGUCUAGUUUGUUCCAUUAAUAGCAAGAGAUUGGAUUCAUUAAACUACAGGUAGUGUCAGCCUCCACCCCACGCUCAUGCCUUCCUCCAUUUUCUUGUUUCACAUAAAUCCCUUUAAGUGAAAUUGCAUUGCUGUUGUUUGUGAACUUUCUUACCAGCACAGGCUCUGCUUAAAUGUUAAUACUCCUUGAUAUUCAUGUUUUCAUUUCAUUGAACAAAAGCUGUCAGCAGAGUUCUGGGUAUGUAGAGGAUAUUGCGCUGCGUCGGUCUCACUGGGUACAGAGCAGAGUCCCUUCUGAGUAUAGCAAAGUAAGAAAUGAAAACUAAGUGCUGAGUUUGUUGAGUUAUUGGUAGCCUCUCACUGAGUUAGUUGUGUUUGAAGAGUCUAGGCAAACUAAAGCACCUGGACCCAUAAUCUGCAGCUGGACUUCUGAAUAUUCAUGUAACCCCCAUUCGUUUCAUGAGAUUGUGCAGCUCAGGACACAUACCAUCACCAAGAACUGCAGCGCCUGAGUCUGCAAAACGAGAUCCGAAUUUCAUAGAUAUGAUGUAGCUUUUUCUCUCCUUUGCCUUUGUCAUUUUGUUGUUAUUGUAAUUAACUCUUUUAUAAAGGGCUUCUUCACUGCCUCCUCUGACACUCCCAUUUGUACUGCUUUGUUUUUUGAGUUUUGUGGUUUUUUGCAUUCUUUUAUUUUGUGCUUCAUUCUCUGCAUUGGUAAGUAAAUACUAAAUGAAAAGUAGCAGUCCAAAAGUAUGUUAAAUUUCCUCUUCUUGCUUUCCUUAUUGCCUGCAUGUGCAAUAGCUAAUAAAAUAGUUGAUUAAUUUCUUUGAGUGGCUUUUUGGGGGUAUAUACUUUUUUUAAAUGUGUAUAUGUGGUUUUGAUAUGUUUUUAUUUUCUUUAAUUUUGUAUACUUAUUCUGAUAAAAGGCAAAAUACUGUCCAAUGAAAAAUCUCUUCCGCCCUGCCCAUAAUUGCCUAUGUGGGCAACAGAUACAGAGUACUUAUUUGGUAUUUCUUUUUUGGAAGUUGAUGGUGAUAUUGAGGGGAGGGCAGAGUAUGUUCUUUUUAAAAAUGUUUUUGCUGCUAUCUUGUGGGUGUCAUUUCAUUUUGCAUUUCCUUCAUCUUUCUCAUGGAAAUGUAGCUAUCUAAUGAACUAUGGAGGUCCAGAAGUAGGUCACUUGUCCCACUCACCCCUCUCCGAACUGCCUGCAUGGACAGUAACUAAUAGAGUAGCUGUGGGUGCUCUUGCCUUGAUCUAGUCUUGGGGGCUCGGGCUUAUAGAUCAUUCUUUCAGGUGUGUGUAUAUAUAUGUAUAUAUAUAUAUGUUAUGCUACUUUUUUACAUUUCAUUUUUAUAUAUCCCUUUGCAUGUAUGCAUAUGUACUUAAUGAAAAUUGAAGUUCAGAGUAUGACAGAUUUUCUCUUUUCCCUUUUCCUCAUCGCCUCCUUGGGCAGUAGCUAAUACUUUGGGUUUUGUGGGGCAGGAAGUAGGGUAUGUACUUAAUGUAUAUAAAUAAAUUUCCUACUACUUUGUAUUACUUAAUUCAUUUCAUACUGUGUCCUUCUCAUCCUUCUCAGAGGACGUUAAAGUACCUAAUGAGACUUGGAAGUCCGGAUGUAUGACAGUCUUCUCUCCUCCCCUCCCCUUAGUGUCCAUGUGGGCAAUAGCUGGUAGAAUACUUG